AUGUCGGCGCUUGUGUCAUCCCUCCGCGCUGCCGGCCGACACCACCUCUCCGCCGGCACCUUCAUCGUGAGGCCGGUGACGGGCUCCUACCUGUAUAGGAUCGAGCAGUUCAAGCAAAUCAAGAAGAUGCUUGGAAACGGCGCGAAGAUCGAAUCAGACACGUUCCGAGUCGGUGGCCACGACUGGCGUAUCAGGUGCUACCCGAACGGCAAAGAGGGAUACGAGGGCUUCAUCAGCCUAUACCUCGAGCACGCCAGCCUUGACCGCACCGGUGACGCCACAGCGGAUUUCCGCAUGAGCAUCCUUGACCACACCGGGAAGCCAUUGUGGACCGAAGGUCAUGCCCAAUUGUCGGAAGAAAUCGAUGAUGAGAGCGAAGGUGAUGCUCAAACCUUCUCGAUCGGCAAACGUACCAGGUGGGGCUGGAGUGAUUUCAUGAAGGUUGAUGACCUGGACGACAAGGAGCACCUCAAGGACGGAUCUCUGAUAAUCGUUUGUGACAUCACCGUCCUUGACAUGCGCACCAUCGAGUACCGUGACGGGAUGGCAUCCACGACUACAAUGGAGGUCCCCUCAGAGUCCAAAGAGGAGGCUGACCCUGACAUGGAGAUAGAGGUCGGCGGGGUGACCUUCCCGGCGAACAGGUCGAUGCUCACUGCCCGGUCUCCUGUCUUCAAGGAGGAAUUGGUGCCAACAAAGAUACACAUCGACGGAAUUGACGCCGACGUGUUCAAGGCCCUGCUCCACUUCAUCUACACGGACAGGCUGCCGCAAGAGAUGGAGGAGCAAGAGACGCUUGCCAAGAUAGUGAAGCCGCUGCUCGUGGCGGCGGACAGGUACAAGCUGGAGAAGAUGAAGCAGGUCUGCGAGGAGGCGUUGUGCGGGCAAAUUAGUAUGGAAUCCGUGACCGCCACACUGGCGUUCGCGGAGCAGCAUUGUUGCAGCAUGCUGAAGGAGGCUUGCACGCAAUUUCUCGCUGACUUCUCAUUCUAA